UUUGUUGGAUGUCAAUCGUAGCUUAUAACUUGUAGAUAUUUUAUUAAUAAAAUUAUAUCAGCUAAAUAAGAUUAUUCCAGUUCCUUCUCCAUCUGCUUCAAUAUAUCUGCUCUUGCCAGUUUCUCUUCCUCUAUUCUAGUGGUAACGUAUUCACCCAAUAAUGCAAAAACAAAGGUUGAUCCCCCUAUAUAGUAUCUUGCCUUAACCGGAAGACUGUUCCAUUUAUUCCAUAAAUUCAUUAGUGUGUUUGUUGUAUGAAGAGAAGUAGUUGAGUUUAUUUUUCAGUUUUUAUUUUUCGAUCUUUAAUUUGAUUGAAAAAAAAAAAAAAGUUGAAAAAAAAAAUUGUAUCUUUGCAACUCUUCCAUAAUGACCAGCCAGAGUAAGAGACUCGGGGUGACAAAGACAAGUUUACCUCCAUGCUGUCUUAGAAUCCACCCUAUCGACACUUCGCUUAUAAUAUUAGGAACUUACCAACUAGACAAACCAACAGGUAAAAGAACGGGAUCCAUCGAUCUAUACAGGUUUGAUCAAGAUGGCUUAAAUUUGACAUUGAUAAAGUCGAUUGCAACUGAAAGUGCAGUGCUAGAUAUAAAGAUAUCACCAUUUGAUCCGUCUUUGUUGGUUUCGGCACAUUCCACCGGUAAUAUUCAAUUGUGGACAGUCGAUCAUGUUAGCCCAGAUAUAACUUUGGUUGAAAAUCGUCAUAUAUUUGAUUCUGAAAUACUUAUUACCUCCAUAUUUUUCAAUCCCCAAGAGAAGAAUAAAGUUGUUACUACUCUCACCUCAGGGGAGCUGGCUUUGAUUGACUUAAACGACUUCAGCCAUGAGGUAUUUGAUACAGUACAUGAUCUUGAAUGUUGGACCGCCGGGUUUGGUGAAUUGGGCCAAUUAUCAAAUGUAGUAUUUACUGGGGGUGACGAUGCAAAAUUGAUAGCUCACGACUUGAGAAUGAAGAAUUCUAUCUGGUCAACAAGCUAUAAGCACCACGAUGCUGGGGUGGUAUCAAUUCUAUCCCCCAAUAAAAAUUGGAACAAUUCCAACUCGAAUCAUUUAUGGACUGGAUCAUAUGAUGAUAAUUUAAGGAUUUUAGACUUAAGAGUAAUGGAUAAAGUGAACCCUCAAUUGAUUCCAGGUUUUAUUCCAAAGGUUUUAGAACAAAAAAACCUCGGUGGUGGGGUUUGGAGAUUGAUACCGUCUCCCAUAGAAAAUGAUAAUAGAGUUAUGUCUUGUUGUAUGUAUGAUGGUGCACGUAUCAUAGAUCAGGUUGACCAACUGUUUCAAGUUUCUCGUUAUUUCAAAAAGGAUCAUGAAAGUAUGUGCUAUGGUGGAGAUUGGUCACAAGAUGGUAAAUACAUAGCUACGUGCUCUUUCUAUGAUAAUGUAGUACAAAUAUGGUCACCAAAUGACGUAGAAUAAUCAUUUAUAUAUAAAUACAUAUUUUUACUU